AGUAAGAUAGCCAUUGAUAGGGGGUACCAUUGAUAUGGCAUUCAUCAAAAUCCCCAGAUAAUUUAUGAAUUGAUCAUUCAACAUGGUCAAAAUAUCGCCCUCCAGCGGACUUUGAAUGGCGUAAAAAGGCGGGAAAUCCCAUACGAUACAAUGAUAACAUUUCUGGUGAUAAGUCGAAAAUCUCUAAAGGGAUCAACAUUAUGAAUUAUGGCAUAGAGCAAUCUCAUGAGGGUCAAGGUAUCUUGAAAAAAAAAAAUGUAUGAUGUUGAUAUAAAAGGGAAGUAUUUGCUGGUAUUUUGUGACUUAGUUUGAAGAGUUCGGUGUAAAAUGAUGAAGGUGUUUGUGCUACUUCUGUCCCUAAGUGCUGUGUUGGGCUUUCCUGAGGGUCUCCUACCACCAGGAUUGCCCCUUGAGGCCAUGCCCGAGGAGGAAUUUGUACCAGUGAUUGAUAAUGAAGAGUGGGCAAUGAUACCUGAUGCCGAAGGACAUUUUCACUUGGUCAAUGUGAAGGAAGCCAUGGAAGCUGAACCAGAAAAUUUCUACAAUCCAGAAACUGAUAUUGUCUACCUUCUGUUCACCCGGAGCAAUCCAACAAGUGGACAAACGAUCAUUCGCAAUAAUGCUGCUUCACUGGCCAAUUCAAAUUUCAAUCCAAAUCAUCCAACAAGGAUUCUCAUUCAUGGUUGGAAUGGCGGAGCUGGUGCAUCUAGUAAUACUGUGGUUAGGAAUGCCUACAUGCAACGUGGUGAUUUCAAUGUGAUCGUUGUGGACUGGGGUGCAGGUGCCCAAACUAUCAACUAUCCUGCAGCUAGAGCCCGUGUUGGACCAACUGGAACAGUUGUUGGUAACUUCUGUCACUUCUUGGUGAAUUCUGGUGGAGCACAGCGUUCCCAAAUCUCCGUUAUUGGUCACAGUCUUGGUGCCCAUGUGGCUGGAUUUGCCGGAAAGAAUCAUCCAGCACCAAAUCAAUUGCACAGUGUUGUAGGAUUGGAUCCAGCCGGACCACUUUUCUCAAUGGGCAAUCCGGGCGGACGUAUGGAUGCUGCUGAUGCUGCUUUUGUCGAAUCAAUGCACACAAAUGCCGGUGUUUUGGGAUUCGAUGAACCAAUUGGUGAUGCCACGUACUAUCCAAAUUGGGGUGAAUCCCAACCUGGUUGCGGUAUUGAUAUAUCUGGUGCCUGUGCUCAUGCCCGUUCCAAUCUCUUCUUUGCCGAAUCAAUCAAUUCAAACACACAUUUCUACGCUGUACGCUGUCCAUUGGGCUACUGGCAGAUCACCAAUCGCAAUUGCCCACAGACCGGUGCAACGCGUCGUAUGAGCGGUGAACCACUUGAUACAUCAACCACUGGAGUCUUCUGGCUACCAACUGGAUCAUCCUCACCUUUCGCCAUGGGACAAAUUUAAAAGUUAUUUUGUUUUUUCUUUUUUGAAAAAAAAAAAAAUUAACUUGCAGCACCGCUG